AUGGAGGCUUUGUUUAAUAACGCUUUAUCGUCGACUUUAGCAUCGCGGAGAGGCGGAGGAGGAGGAGACCAACACCCGGAAACGACGACGACGACGAGUGGUGAUGUCAUACAGCUCGAACCGAACACGAAUCGAGAAAUAACGUUUCGGGUGUGGUGUCACGGGUCGUGCGCGCGAUUCACGUGCGCGUCCACGUUGGACGAGGAGCAUUUACCCCCAACCUGUCCGGCGUGCGGCGAGAGCGAAUUUUUAGAGCUCGUGCCGUUUCGAGAGACGGUGGAAGAACACGGGUUGUUUUCGGAAGGCGCGGUGUGGACGGAAUACGACCGCCCGGCACGCCGCUUACCUUCGCCGCCACCCACGAGGCAACCACCACUUGCAUUCGAUCGGAUGCGAAUGAUAGAGGAUAUGAUUGAGCGAUCGAUGAACGGGGAUGGGAACGUGAACUUUUUCGAUUUGGACGACAGACGUUUCGAACAACCGCUGAGCGAGAAGGCGAGGGAGGAAACGCUGCGAAGGUUUACGAUGAUAGAAGAAAACAAAGGAGAGAUGGACGGGAAAACGAAAACGAAGAAGAGGAAAAUAAGAAAAGGCGGCGGUGAAAACGAGAAGGAUGAAACGCAGUGCGCGGUGUGUUUGGACGAGAUGAAGAAAGGUGAGGAGAUGUGCGAGUUGAAGAAGUGCGGGCACGUGUUUCAUUACGAGUGCGUGGACGAGUGGUUUAAAUCGAAGAACAGUUGUCCCGUGUGUCGCGACGUUUUGGAGAAAACAUCAACGACACCAAGAAAGAGUCCAGGGUCGAGGAGUGGCGGCGGUGGCAGAGGUUUCCGAAACGCCAGCCAACAGAGGAGGAGGUGA